GGCGUAAUUUGUUGAAGGCAAAUGCCAAAUAUAGCGCGGAAGGCAACGAACUCUUCCGACCUCACGUCGCUUCUUCCCUCUUCCCUCAGUCCCGCGCACAUAGUACACCCACGCGCAACGCCCACGCUCGCACAGAUCCGAACUCCGCGUUGGCCUUCCUUCUCCUUUGGUGUCAUCGUCCAUCCAAGCCGAUCACACACAGGAAUCGCGAAGGACCGGAGGCACACAGGACACAAACCUUUCGGCCGGGGGGUAAAUCCAUUCAAUCUCGCUCGAUCGAGAGGGAACCAAGCUAGCAGUCUCGAUCACACACAGGAAUAAUCACGUCGAUCGGUUGAGUUUGCAGCCAACAAGCAGACAAGAUGAACGAUGCCGACGUCGGGAAGCAGGUGCAGCAGAUGGUCCGGUUCAUCCUGCAGGAGGCCGACGAGAAAGCCAGCGAGAUCACUGUUGCCGCCGAGGAGGAGUUCAGCAUCGAGAAGCUGCAGCUGGUGGAGUCGGAGAAACGUAGGGUGAGGCAGGAGUACGAGCGCAAGGAGAAGCAGGUGGACGUCCGCAGGAAGAUCGAGUACUCGACGCAGCUGAACGUGGCGCGCAUCAAGCUGCUGCAGGCGCAGGACGACGUGGUCACCGGGAUGAAGGAGAGCGCCGGCGACGCGCUGCUCCGCGUCACCAAGGACGCCAACGCCUACAAGAGGGUCCUCAAGGGCCUCAUCGUGCAGAGCCUGCUUCGCCUGAGGGAGCCGGCGCUGGUGCUGCGGUGCCGAGAGGCGGACCGGAGCCUGGUGGAGGCGGUGCUGGAGGUGGCCAAGAAGGAGUACGCCGAGAAGGCCAAGGUCAACCUCCCCAAGGUCAUCAUCGACGGCAAGGUCUACCUCCCGCCGCAGAGGACCAGCCGCGACGCGCACGGGCCGUUCUGCUCCGGCGGCGUGGUGCUCGCGUCCCAGGACGGCAAGAUCGUCUGCGACAACACGCUGGACGCCAGGCUCAGCGUCUCCUUCAGGCAAAAGCUUCCUGAGAUCAGGAAGAAACUCUUCAGCGGCCAAGGAUAUCUUGAAUGACUGCCAUAGUGCUCAACAACUGAUCGAGAUCUGCUGCUUCUUUUUUCCCUUCGAGACAGUAAAUCUCCUUUUUUCUGAAGUGUAGCAUGUUGCAAAAAAGUUGUAAUGUUUCACUGAGAACACAAGAAAGUUAAUGUUUCAUUGAGAAGAAGUUGCAAACAUUUUAUAUUUUA